UAGAGCAACAUGUCUCAAAAAUCGAAGAAAUCAAUUGGAGAUGUUGUUGUCACAUCAAAGCUUGUUUUUCCAGUUGCUGAAUUUAGAACCAAGUGGGAGAGACUUUGGCCAAAGGAUGAAAUGGGAACGACCGUAACAAACCAAGAAUCAUUCGUCAAAUCUCGAGUUCAACGAUAUAGUGUGGAUGACUCUAAACAAAUUUCUAAACAGGUUGGCUAUAUGAACACUGUGAAUACGGCACGAGUUUACUCGGACGGAGACAAAACAUGGUGCUGGGUAGUACACAGCAAACUUGGGCCACAUGCAAAGACAUCAACUGGAAAAGUUUACACUUCUAUGUGCUUUAUUCAGCCAUCAGCAAAUGAAUAAUAAAUGAUUUUUUAAAUUC